GUGUUUGUGACGUACCGGAGGGAGGAGAUAAGAGGAAAGUGCCCAACAUCCAAGAGCGGAGUAGGCUUCGCUUUCCGCACAGGAUUGUAAGGCCUUACUGUGUGUGAAGUCCUACUGGGAGGACGGAGUGCACCAGGGACCAUGAGUGAGAAUGGCCCUCAUACGGAGGCGUCCAUGUACUUUGAGGUGGAGGUGGAUUCUCUGGGACGGGAAGAUGAGGAAGAGGAAGACAAGAUUCACUUUGAUAAAGAAGAUGACCUGAUUGUGGAACCUUGCUCUUCCUCUGGUCGAGUAUAUGACCGGACCACAGUGCUAAUUGAGCGAGACCCUAUCCGUCUGGAUGAGGAGGGUGAGGAGGAGGGCCACUGUGGUGUUGAUGAAGAUGGCAUCACCUUCCUAACUGAAGGAGAUGAGGAGGAUGGAACCCUGACCUUCAUGGUGGACUCUGAUGCCAUGUCACAGGGUUAUGUGCACCACACCAUUUCUGCGGACCAGAUCCAGUUUACUAUUAACCCGGGCUCUACUCCUAUGCCACGCAACAUUGAGGGGGCCACGUUAACAUUGCACUCAGAAUGUCCAGAGACCAAGCUGCGAGAGGUGAAAAGGUACCAGUGCAUGUUUGAAGGCUGCACUCGGACGUACAGCACCGCGGGGAACCUGCGGACCCACCAGAAGACCCACAGAGGAGAGUACACGUUUGUGUGUAACCAGCAAGGCUGUGGGAAAGCCUUCCUCACCUCCUACAGCCUGAAGAUCCAUGUACGCGUGCACACCAAGGAGAAGCCCUUUGAGUGCGAUGUGCAGGGCUGUGAGAAGGCCUUCAACACUCUCUACAGACUAAAAGCACACCAGAGACUUCACACAGGCAAGACAUUCAACUGUGAAUCGGAGGGCUGCACAAAGUACUUUACCACACUCAGCGACUUGAGAAAGCACAUCCGCACACAUACAGGGGAGAAGCCAUUCAGAUGUGAUCAUGAUGGCUGUGGGAAAGCAUUUGCAGCCAGUCAUCACCUAAAAACACAUGUACGGACCCACACAGGUGAAAAACCUUUCAACUGCCCCAGCGAUGGUUGUGAAAGAACGUUUAGCAGUCAGUACAGUUUGAAGAGUCACAUCCGCGGUCAUGACAAAGGACAGCCAUUUGGUGGCAGCCUCAUCCACCCACACUCUGAAGAUGCAAAUCAUUCACUGUGCCUCAGUGACUUGAGCCUCAUCUCAACAGACUCAGAGUUACGAGAGAACAUCAAUAAUGAACUCAACAAUGUGACCCCUAUAAAAAUCUUUGAGCUCAUGUUCCAGAGCCCAGAGAACAGUGUCAGUUAUGAAAACACACAUCCCUGUGAGACGGUAACAGAGUCACUCAGCACAGACACCUCUGGCCAGCCUAGAGUCACUGAGUCUGCUUCUUUCCCUCUCGCCUCUGCCUCUUCUUCAUCCUGUUCUGCCACUACAGUGUGCACACACACCCCAGCACCUGUCACUGUUUGUUCUGCACCAACAAGCCCAUACAUCCAACUAAAACCACAGAUUUCAGAUGUGCCUGUUCAGACUUCUGCCCCAAACUUGGCCACUUCACAGCAGCUUGUGGCACUGCAACCCACAUUCUUGCAGUCUGAGAGCAGUAGCACAGCCCCUCAGCCUGCCUCUGCUCUCUCCACAACAUCAUCCAGUACAACUUUGGCUCAGCCUGUGCCUUUGGCCACCAACCCCACCCCUGUGUCCUCUUCUCCUGUGGCUUCUACUCAGGCUGCAAUCACUAUAGCUCCCACACAGAACUUACUGCAGCCCAGUCUGGUCAUGUCAGACCAAAACCUUCAGUGGAUCCUCAGCAGUGCUGCCAACAGUCAACAGAACCCCGAGCAAGCACAACACCAAGGAGGUCCAAAAGUAGAAAAAGUGUUCUUCACUACUGCAAUACCAGUGGGUGGUCAUGCUGGUAGCUCAGUUCAGCAGAUUGGCCUUAGUCUCCCUGUUAUCAUCAUCAAACAGGAAGAGUCGUGCCAGUGUCAGUGUGCCUGUCGAGACUCAGCGAAGGACAAAAGUGUAAAGAGUGUCUCAUCUGUGUCAGCUCCAGCUCAGCAGUCACCAACUGAGCCCCUUCCUGCAGAGCCUCCAAAGCCUGCCCCCUCCACAUCCUGCUGCCUGCCCGGACCAGCCUCAGACUCUGCCGCAGUGGGACAGAAAGCCUCCUCUUCCACCUCUUCUUGCUCUGUGUCCACUCAAGUGAGCUCCAGUGCCACCAGUGCUGCAUCUUCUGGCAGCUUAGGCAACAUAGAUGUGUCAGACUACCUUUCCCUGCACAGUCCAGAGACAGCCACUAACCUAGAAGCCCUGCUGCUGGUUGCUCAUGACAUGAAUGUGGUGGCUGAUGGUAAUGCUUAAGCAGCUCCAUGUGUUCUAUUGCUCCCACUCAUGUGCAGGCUUCCAUUACACCCACAUCCCCAGUUAUGUUCCUCAGUGACGCCCCCUCUGCUCCUGUACAGUGUGCAGCAUACAGCCCUAUCUGCACUGGGUUCUGUUCUCUGUAACCAUGUGAAAGUCAUAUUCAUGCAAAAUGAAUAGUUUCUGUUGUCUCACUGCAGUCAUUUUAGACUUGUGUUUUGAGAUUUUUGCUAUGCUUAUUAAUGCAGAGGGAAAAGUAAAUUUUUGAAAGAGUUUAUAAAGAAAGUGUACAUAACGCCUUUUAUUUUAAAUAUAAUUAGGGUGUUGUCUAAGCACUGAUUAGAAAUUCCAUUUUCCUAAAGAAAGGUAAUGCCUGAAUAGGAAAAAACAAUGUAUUUCAAUGUAUCUUUGUACUGUACCGCGGGUUCUAGCAAUUAUUUAAGCUGGUAUGCAACUGGCCAGAAUGCACUGUAUAUUUGUGGAAUUCUACAAAGUACAUCUCCCAACAUUCAUUGGGUUUGGAAACUCCUAGCCCUUCGAGAUUUGAUCUUGGACCAUAAAAUGUGAUGUAUACUUGUAAACUGUGUUAGGUGAUACACUCAUCAGAAGAAGAACCUGUGAUUACAGUUGCCUGUCUUUUUUAAAGUGAAAUUAAUCUGAUAGUACUUUAAUCGCCUAACUGAAUGCUAAUUUAAAGUUGUAUAUGUUAAUUUAUUUGAAUGAUUAAUUCUUUCAUUUAUAUUAGCAAUAGUGUUAUUUUUAAACCACAGAAGAUAUAUUAAUUUAUUUCAAAUCACUUGUAUUGUUUGUUACUGAUAUGUGUUUUGAGUUGCUGAAAGCAAAUUUAUCAAGCAGACACCUAUAGUAGGCUGCACUUCCAUCCACAUAGAAAAGCCAAGUACACAUCAUCCUGUUUUUCAGGGCCAUGGCUCUCUCAGGGAUGCAUUGGUCAUCACCAAUACUGCUCCCCACAUUUGACUCUCUGACAUCAGUAUCUUGACCUGCAGUAGCCCUAUGUUUAGCUGCAUUCUUCCUGUUUGUUGCACACUAACUUGCUACAAGAGUAAUCUGAGAGCUUGUUAGCUUGCAUGCAGCACCACUACAGACUUUUGUAAAACUGCUGUGUAGUAGCAAUUCAAAUGGUGUCCUGGGGACCAUGUAAAUAGAGUACAUUUUAGUUGUAUACAUAUGAGAACUUGUAGAUUACUGUAGAGUUUGUAUUUUUGUAUAGACUUUUGAAUUCCUAGUUUGAAGUUGGAGAAAAUGUAUCCCCCAAUUUUUGCAUUUUCCUUCCAGUUUUUCAAGAGUGUGUGCUUGCCUAAAACAGCAAAAUAGAUUACACAUUGAGAAUCUCUUGCUUAUUUUAUUUUUUUUGAGUAAAUUAAAUUGAAUUAUUGACAAGAAUAGAGCCCUUCCUAUAGAUACAAGGCCUUACCACAGAACUGUUCUUUGAGCCAUUUUGCCUUUGACAGUCUCUGCUUCAGACUUGCCACUACACUAGUCUCAGAUCAUUCCUUUUAACAACUCAUAACAAAGCUUCACUGAAAUAUUGUAAAUGUAGUGGAACAUGUAUUCACUCUAACCUGAAAUGCAUGAUCUUUUUCUUUCAAUUUAAUCCAUAGUUUGUCAUUUAGAUUUACUGCCAUAUGCUACCUAUACAUGCUUUUGUUUAAAAAAAAAAACAAAAAACUAUGCAAUUUACGAGUGGCAUUCAGUGUGUAAACUGCCGUUUAAGAUAUGUCCUUAUUCAAUGCUUAUGAUUUUAUGCAGGAUAUUGGUGGCAGAUGUUGCCUUUCCAGUGCAUUUACUGUGUUUGAUUUUUCAUGUCAAGGUUUUCAUAGUGUGUGGUUUAUGGGGUUUGUAUCGGUAGUUUUUCCAUCAAGUACUGUUCUCAUGAAUAUUGCACCAGUAAUCCUUUAUUGUUCUGUUUUGCCUCCAACAUAUAGAAAGAUACAUCCUACUUAUUUGAAGGAUUUUUUUUUUUAUUGAAUGAUUCUGUUUUAAGAAUUGUAUUGGGUAAAUAAGCAUUGUUUAAAGACUAUACCAGUCCUCUCAAACUUUCUGGUUACAACAGUUUACUGCAAGUUACAGCUGUUGGUGUACGUUUUUGAAGAGUUUUGGGCUUGCAGCCUGAGAAUGCUUUUCUGGAGUUUACCCAAUCUGGUUAUUUCAGCCAGUUAGCUGACAUUUAUUUGAAAGUAAACUGUUAGAUCAAAGCUUUCAAAAAUAUGUCCUACACCCAAAGAGUGAGGAAUUGAAUUGUUAUGGAUAUGUAUUUUUAAAGAAUGUAUUAUAUGAAGAUGUUUGCUUAUGCUUGUUUCGUACAAAGUUAUAUACUAAAUAACUUUCUGAAUGGAGAGCAAUAUAGUAAUAAAACCUUAUCCUUAUCACUGA